GGAAGUCUGGUUUUAUGUGGUGUUUUUUGGUGGGGAUGGUGGUUCGUGAAAUGUAAACGAACUAUUAAGUUUACAGUAAUUUAUACAUAAUUUACCUAGGCCUAGGCUGUGUUAGGUGCUGUAUAAUUAGCCUAUAUGUGUACAUUCGAUUAUAUUGUAUGAUGGGAUAUUUUACCUGAUUUCCUUUAAGGUUUCAGUUAUUAAACAGCAGAAAGAUGUUUGCAUCAAAGAAAUCAAUUAACUUUUCUGGAGCAUCGGACGCAAGAGCUAGCAAUGGCUUUCUUAAAAGAAUCCGGCGGACGAUUGGCAGGACAAGGAAUGAUAAACCAAUCUAUUAUUCAAAAACAAUGCUUUCAUCAUUUGAUGAUGAUCAGCGAGUGAUAAUUAAAACGUUAGCACCCUGUAGAAAAGACUUGGAUACAGACACUACUGUUGCAAAUAAUUUAGCUUUAAUGAAUGGUGAAAGCUCAUCUAAGAUAAAUGGUGAGUACAUGAAUGUUAAUGAGAUGACGUGUGAUUCAUCUGAGAUAUAUGCGACGGCAAAUGAUGAUGAAGAUGCAUUAGAGAAAAGACACAUGGUAAUAUCUCAUUAUGGUGCAAUCAAUACACCUGGUGAGAAAGAUGCAAAUGAGAACGAGGCAGAUUAUGAAAAACAAGGAGCACGACCGAAAGGAAAAUCACCUGUCCAAAUUCAUGCAAAUUCAGCCACAGAGAAUUUGUACACAUCAACAUUAGACACCUCACAACAACAAGAAUUAAACCCAUCUAAAGCAUGGGUCCAAGGUCUUUCCAAAGUUACUGAAAAUGAACCUCAACAGCUUUGUCCUGCAACUUCAAUCACAAACUACACACAAAGUGCAAUAAGUUGUCAGCGUAGUACUGCGAUCUUAUGCCAUGAUAAAGUUGAUAAUGACCCUAAUGACUUGCCCCAAGUUACAAAAGAAACAUGUGAUAAACUUUCAACUGAGUGUAUUACACCGGAAAUGGAAUGUGAAACUAGUACAAAAGAGAUAACAAAUGAAUUAAUAUGUAAACACAAGGAAGUAAAUUAUAAAAAUACUGGUGAUGUUUCGCCGAUUUUGAUCAAACGUUCUUCACGAGGCGAUGUUGAUGAAAAGAACACCAACACACCCUUCAUUGCUGAAAUUUUAACGGAAGAGGAUGUAAGGCUUGAAAAAGAACUGCAGAGUAAAUUUGAGGUCAUAGAUUGUCUAGAAAAAGGCAAUAUGGUUUGUGGUGACAUAGAAAAUUGCCUCGGAGCAGCAAGUUACAAAAACAUGGACAAUGCUGCAGCGAAUGCUAAUGGUCUCUCGUUCGAUGAUCGGAAAAAAUCUGAUCAAAUGAAAACAGAACACAUGCAUUUAGAUGUACCUCCGAAAGUGGAUCGUAGGACCAAGCCUCCGUUGACACGAGUGCAAAGUUGCCAGGGUGCAGUAGGCUGUCCUAUUCUUGUGGUACCACCAUCACCACCUCCUCCUUUGCCACCUAGAUCGUUUCUUGAUGAUUUUGAUAUGUUGCAAGAUAUUGAUGAUCUUGAUAGUGAUGAUGAAACGCAUGUCACUAUGGAACAUUUUUUAGGAGGUUCAGAUAAGUCUUCAACAAGGAAAACUAGAUCUUUGCCAAGACCACCAGGUUUAACAUCUGAUUCCAAAGAUUCAAUAAAAUCAUCAACAAUGCCUUUCAAAACACGUUUUUCCCAAAUUUUUAAAUUUAAGCGACCCAGUGUUAUUAGAGAUGGAAAAAGACUAUCAUCACAAGUUUAUCCUGCUCGUCCACUGCCUGAUAUUCCUAGUGCAAAGAUUCUGGAAAUUAGUGAGCAAACAAAUCGGCCAAAUUGUUACCUGCCAGUACAACCUCAGGAUCUAUCUAGUCUACCAGAAAACCAAGACAAUGAUGUACCCCCAGCAAUACCAGAAAGGGAUGUCAUUGUCAACGAAGAGGCAGAAAAAACAAGGGGAGAAUUUACGUCAAGUCUACGCAAAAUCAGUGAUUGUGGAUGGUAUUGGGGACCCAUGAGCUGGGAUGAUGCAGAGUCACGGCUUGAGAACACUCCAGAUGGAUCAUUCCUUGUAAGAGACAGUUCUGAUGAUCGGCAUAUCCUCAGUCUUAGUUUCCGUGCACAAGGCACAACCCAUCACACAAGAAUAGAACACCACAACGGUAAAUUUAGUUUCUGGUCGCAGCCGACUUCUCACGGUAGUGCAUCCAUUGUGGAGUUCAUUGAAGAAGCCAUGCAACAUUCCCGUAAUGGACGUUACCUAUAUUUUCUCCGUCCACGGCUUCCUGGAUUUCCCCCAGCGCCAGUACAGCUUCUUUACCAGAUCUCACGAUUCCAGAAAGCACGUUCCUUGCAGCACAUGUGUCGGUUUGUGAUAAGGAAACAUGCAAGACUUGAUCACAUAGACUUACUGCCACUACCAAAGCGUCUUAAAGAGUAUCUGAAAGAAGGGCAAUACUACACACCAGAUGAUAUCCUCAAAGAUAUUUAACAAAGCCACACGUCACAUUUUGUGUACAUAUAUGCCUUAUUUAUUCUGCAAGCACUCUUUUUUGCUUAUAAUAAAAAAAAAGUCAACAUCGAUUGACAUUGAUUUCAAAUGCGGUUAUUUACUUCUAAAAAUGAUUUUUUUUUUUUAUUCAAAAAUUAUGUCAAAAAACACAUUUGUACAUUUGGGUUUCUGGUAGCUUGGAGCCUUUUUUAAAAAUAUGAAUCUGAAAGUGGAAAAUUAAAUUGAGAGUAAAUAAUUAAUGUAACGAAGCUGUUGUUAUAAAUGUUUGGCAACUUGAUCAAUAGCAGUGGAACUUUUUUAAAUCUGUUACUUUAGAGUAAAAUGUACAGAAAACAAAUCUUUACUCACAUAUAUUAACCUAAAACCAAAUAAAAAAUUCUUUAAGUAAUUGAUAAUAUAUAUAUAUAUAUAUUAUAUUCCUGUGAUUUGAAAAUCUCAGAUUGCUUAUAAUUAAAAAAUUUAAAUUCAAACCACAAAUAUAGAUUAUUAAAAUGUUUGGAAAAGGUGUAGGCUAUGGUGGCUUAAGUUUGAACUUAUAUUUAUAGGUAAGAAAUUUAAAUUAUUUACACUAAUGCUUAUAAAAUCUUGUAUACUGUAAGUGUUAUGAUGGCUGGUUAGAGUGUGAUUUGAACUCCUUGUUUGUCACAAUGUAUAGGCCUAUUAUGUAUAUAUUUCAUAGUUUACUUUGUUAAAAAAUGGUCAAAAUGGUAAGGCUUUGCACACUCUGCGUCGUAUGAUCGUCGCCGAUAAAACCAUCUUCGUUCUUCAUAGCGCUUGAUGACGCAACAAUGUUUGCUGAUUGUCGAUGUCAGACUGAGAGGAUUUUUAUUUAAAAAGAUCUGUUGAGCGAGACUCAUUGGACGUAUUUGACUGGUCGUUCUUCAUUAAACCACGCCCACUUGCGCAGUGGUAAGAUCCUACUUAACGAAGACAACCAGUCGAAUAGAAAACUGGCAAAUACUUGACAAAACAAAAUGGCUUUAUAGUUACCGCGAUACGGAGGUAUUAUUGAGAUCACUCAGAAAAGCUCAGCACACGCAAAGCUAUGCAAAUGAGCAUGAUCCAAAAGUGGGGAACACAUUAGUUUGUCGCGUCAAAGGGAUCUGUUGCCGAGUGAUCUCCUAAAUAAUACCUCAGUGGCGUAAUGGAGGUUGCUUCGGAUUGUGGCAGUACAGGUUUUUCGUUAAAAAGUGUUUUCAUCCAGUUUUUGAAGUCUGUUAGCCUACAGUUAUUUUUUGACUUGGGUAAAUAUUAUAAUUUUUAUUUUCUGAAAUUUAAAUGUUGUUGCUAAACUGACCAAUUGGCCAUGUUUGUCUUGGUCGCAUGGAUAAAUUAACGCUGAUUAACACACUCUUGGUUUACGUUAAUUUUCGUUGUCAACUAAGUCUAUUUUAUGACCCAGUCAAAUGAAAAUAAUACUCAACAAAAAAAUGAACCAGUCAAAUAAGCCCAUUGCUUUGCUUUCUCUGUGGAAUCGUGUCGGGCUGCGACCAUCGGUGCAGUGUGUAGCUGCCUUUACCUGUGGCAUUUUUCUGAUAUACACUUUCAGCAUUUGCUUACAUUUUAAAUAACAAUUAAAUAAUAUUAUGGAGCUACAGGAAACAUGACAGAUUUAUUUUAUUUAAUCUAUUAUGCUAGUUUUUAAUUCAGUUUGUUUUAUAAUGUUUAUAUAUUGUUGUGUUGGUUUAUAUAUAAUUCUAGAACUAAGUAUGUAAAUC